AUUUGCACCCCACCCGCAGAGACGACCGAAAACAGCCCGACGCUUCGUCCACCUCCGGUGAGAAGAACAUUGAGGGUUUCGGAUCCGACACCAAAGCGCUCCAUCGCGGGCAACAAAUAUAAAUGAAAUUUUCUCCAUUUAAAAUCUUUGUUCAUAUUAUUUCCGGAUCUUGCCAUCGUUCGUCCCCGUUAUCGGGUCAACGGAUCUUCGGGUGAGGACCCGGAGCGGAUCCGCUCCGAUCGGAGACAUGAUAACGCGGUCGAAGUUGGUGGAGCAGCUGAGGGAGUACCAGAUCCGAUCUCAGCACAAGUGGCCCAUCAUCCACAAAUUCUCUCCCAAGCCCCAAAUUGUAACUAGGAGGGAUGUUCUCGUGGCUCUUUCAUUUGGAUUGUUGUUUUGCUUGCUCAUGAUAUCUUCCUAUCUGACGCUGUACUAUAGGUAUUUCAAGGUUUCUGCUGUCGUCAUAUUUCUUGGAGUUCUUCUCCCUGUAUGCCUGAAGGUUUCUAGGAAGAAAAAGCUAGCAAAGAAAAGGGAGAGAAGAAUGUUGUUACCUUUGUCUAUGUGAAUAUUAUCGGGAGAGAAUUAUAUUUCUGAAUUAUCAGGGGGGGAAUUAUACUAUCUCGAGCCUACUGUGAUCUUCGGUUAAAAAUUAACAUUGCUUAUUCAUUGCAUAUACAGAGUUUUUGUUUGAAA